UAUUAUAUUUUUCUACAUUUUAGAUACAUAGAAACACUACAUUUUCAUUUAUGUGACAUUAAGCGUACAGUUCAAUGUUAUCUCAAAAAUCUGUGAAAAAAGAAGCAGAAGGAAAGUCAUCCAUUAUGUAUCGUAUAGCAUUACAAAGACGUUUUCUGUACAUCAAAAGAAUAUUUAAAAUACGACACAUGGAUUUUGAAUUUGCCAUUUGGCAAAUGGUUUAUUUGAUCAUCGCCCCAAAGAAAGUGUAUCGAAACUUUUCGUACCACCAAGAGACUAAGAGACAAUGGGCCAGAGAUGAUCCUGCUUUCUUAGUUCUGCUAAGUGCAUGGCUGUUUUUUUCUUCAAUAAUAUUUGCAGUUGUGUUGAAGUUAAGUUUUGUUGGGUUUAUAAAGUUAUUGUUUUGGGUGAUAUUUGUGGAUUGUAUUGGUUUUGGUUUGAUUGUUGCUGGUUUGUUGUCAUUAUUUGCAAACAAGUAUCUUCGUUUUCCUGGAGGUGAAAAGCACAGAGAAAAAGUGGAGUUUGGAUAUGCAUUCGAUGUCCAUUUAAAUGCAUUUUUCCCACUCCUAUUAAUGCUGCAUGUGGUUCAACUAAUGUAUUUCCUUUUUGUUCCUACUUCCUUCAGCGCAAGAUUUUUCGGAAAUUCGAUAUGGUUAAUUGCUUUGUUUUAUUACUUUUACAUAACUUUCCUGGGUUACAGUGCUCUUCCAUUUUUAAAAGGCACUGUUUCCCUUCUUUUCCCAAUUGUUGGUGUAGUAUUGUUUUAUUUGGUUUCACUUAUUUAUCCAUCGUUAAAUCUGAGUCACAUGUUAAUGGACUUUUAUCGACUUCGAGUGUCACAUUAUGCUGUAUGAAUAACAUUAUUAAUUAUUAAACUGGUUUGACUUUUGGAUGAUUUUAUUGUUGUUUGCAGUGUGUUUUUAGGGGUGUUGCAUUAAACUUAUUUUAACUUCAAUACACUGGCUUUAAAGGUAUAGCCUAUGAAAGUCAUGGAUGUUAUCUAUUUUUCAUUGUUUGCUAUCUGUAACUAGAAUUAAUAUUUAUUAUAUAAACUAUUUUCUGUACCGGUCUGUUUUUGUUUUUUUCUGUAAUGGUCUGAAACAUCAAAUGUGAACAAAUAUGCUGGGUGGAUUACAUUAAAUUAUAACCUGUUGACAUUUGACUUGGUUUCUUUGUUAUUUUUAAAUUUUUUGCACACCACCAUUUUUACAUAUCUAACAAAGUAUUUUUAUUGCGCAUCAGUCGCAUGAUUAAAAAUGUAGUGUAUAAUAUUGUUUCUUUAGUCUUUGUUUUUGGAAAUAAUUUCUUCUCUAUUUCA